CAACAUGGUCAACAUGAUGGGAGAUAUGUGUGUUUAAAGGAUGGCAUGCUCAUCCGUCCUGCAAGUUACAAACGCCAUCUCAAGACAGGAAGACAUCUUGGUUACAAACCAACGGAAUUCGCAUGCCCUCGUUGUCUGCACACUUAUACCCGACGUGAUGCCUGCAAGAGGCAUUGGGAGGACAGUUGUAGAAAGCUAGUAGCUAAUGGUCGGCUAUCCUACACAGCCGCUUGCCGAGCUUUCACGAGUUUGAAUUCUGCUUUAGCUCCUACGUCGUUCAUGCCCCCUUUACCCGCGACCGCCACGACGACGUCCCAUAGCUCACCACCCGAGAUCAUCCCGACAGACGCCACAAACCCUUAUUCCUGGGCAGCUAGUGACGUACAGGACCCUCCUUUUGUGGCACCUAUACUUCCCCCAUCCGAAGGGCAGGACAUUGUACUCGCAGAGGUCCACGAUACUUUGGCGGCUGAUGCGAUGCAAGAACCUCCUUUGGCGACACCCGUGCUUCCCCCAUCUGAAGUACGAGAGAUUACACUCGCAGAGGCUCGUGGAUGCAUUCACUUUUGGAGGUGGAUUAAUGACACGGAGGGCCUGGUGGAUCCCCUCCCUCCCAUCACUGAGCCUCCAUCCUCUCGCCUGCCAGAGGCCAUGCUCGUAGACGCCGCCGAAGACCCGGAUGUUUGGCGUCUCAUUAAUGAGAUAGACGACUUUGUAGAUCCCGAAAUCCCUCUCUCCGAGUCUUCCACAGACGCUGCCGAAGACCCUGAUUUUUGCAACUUUCCAAUCAGGACCCUUUUGGUAUGCUCUUGGCUAGACAAUUCUUACGGGAGUGAUCUACACCAACGAUCUCCCUCUGAAUUACCACCUCUCUCUUCUGCCCCCGUCGACCAUGAGAUGUAGAGUUCUUUUCAUAUUUCACAUCCUUACCAACUAUCCACUAUUCUUUCCAUGUCUUGUAAUUUCCCUGUCGCCGAUUCACGUAUAGCACCACACAUUCUUUUCAUUCUCCCUCGCAUAACACAUCACUUCUCGUUCAUUUCUUUACCAACUAUCCACUAUCCUUUCCUUGCUGUCACCCAUUCACGUAUAGCACCACACGCUCUUUUCCUACUGUAUGGCAUAGCCCGCUACCACGUUCAUUUCUUUACCAACUACACACUAUCCUUUUUAUGUUUCCCUCCUUGCUGUCGCCUAUUGACGUAUAGCACCACACGUUCUUUCAUACUCCAUGGCAUAGCGCAUGUCCCACUACCUCUCGUUCAUUCUUACUAUCACUGUUA